AUGCAUGAAUCUCUCAAACUGUUUGAAUCCAUUUGCAAUAGUCAGUGGUUCUUGGAAACCAGUAUAAUCCUAUUCUUAAACAAGAAAGAUUUAUUCAUGGAAAAGAUCAAAGUUUCACCACUGACGAUCUGCUUUCCCGAGUACAAUGGAAGUCAAACUUUCGAAGAAACCUCAGCGUACAUCCAAAGCAAAUUCGAGGAAUUGAAUCGGCGAAAAUCGACCAAAACGAUUUACACCCAUUUCACCUGCGCCACAGACACAAACAACAUUCAAGUUGUGUUCGAUGCGGUUAUUGAUGUGAUCAUCAAAUCAAAUUUGAAAGAUUGCGGUCUGUUUUAG